GGCGCUUCCGGCUCACUCGGUGCGUCGUUGUUUCCGGGUCAGCUGGAGGGCGCGCUCUGACCAUGGGGACGGGCCCGGAGCUGGCGGACACCCGGAGCUGGAAGGUCGAGGGGACCCCGCUCGAGCUGGUGCAGGAGAGGUUGCGGAGACGGGGCCUGAGCGACCCGUGGGCCCGUAAUGAAGCCUGGCGGUUCAACGGAGGCUUUCGUAAACCUAUCACCUUCACCAAUGUCUUUUCUCGAGGCAUCAAAUGGGGAUUUGCAGCAUUUGUUGUGGCUUUGGGUGUUGAGUAUGCACUAGUUUCUCCCAAGAAAAAUGGAGGACAUCACUAAUGAAUGAAGACUGAAGAGCUUUGAAAUUAUGUAAAGCUCUCUAUCUCUCCUUUCCAGUCAGUGAGCUGUAACCAAUGUACGAGACAAGAAGCACAUGUCUUUACAGAAUAAAAUAAUUAACUGAA